UCAGAUUAUAGAAAUGACAAUAUAUAAUUUAUACAUUUUUGAUCGAUUUGGUACAUGUUUAUAUUAUCAUGAUUGGCAGAGAAGAAAAUUUUCGAAUUUGCCAAAGGAUGAGGAGCAAAAACUAAUGUAUGGUAUGAUAUUUUCUAUAAAAUCUUUUGUGACAAGAAUGUCGCCAACUGAUAGUAAAGAUUUAUUUGUUAAUUACCGCACAAAUAAUUAUAAGCUAAAUUAUUUUGAAACUCCAACUGGUCUUCGAAUUAUUUUGAAUACUGACUUAAAUGUAGCUAAAUGUGAUGACUAUCUGCGUAGCAUUUACAAAAUAUAUGUGGAUUGCGUUGUGAAAAACCCAUUAACAAAGCUUGGAGAACCAAUUGAAAAUGAACUUUUUGUGAACACAUUAAACACUUACAUUCAAAAUUUACCAGUUUAUUAUUGAUUUUUUCAUAUUAAUAACUUUUGUAAAUACUUUUUAAUAUAUCUCUGUAAUUAUAAUUGGUUAGUUAACUUAGAACACGUUUGUACAAUUGUAUAAUAAUAAUAAUUUUGCAUAA